ACUGUUGAUUGACGGGUGGAAAUGUGAUCUGGUGAGGACAGUGACAGCCAAUGGGAAGCCGGUCGGCGGCGGUUUGUGAUGGGAGGCCCGUGGAGCAGCAGCAGCACCAGCAGCAGCAGCGAGCGCAAGAGCUUCAGGCGCACGAGAGAUCAUUCAGUCCGGCGACACAUCCGUGUAUGAAUGCCGUCCAUCUUACCGUGGUGAGUCUUUGCGCUUUAACUUCCCCAUCAGCUAUCGUUUCGGUGAAAUGUAACUAGUGUAACAGUUUCCAAAGUCGCGUCCCUUCGGAGGACCGGUGCGCGCGCGAUGCGCACAGAAUAUUUUAUACAGGAAAGUUUACGCGCAACUUUAUUUGCGACCUGAUAAAUUUGAUGGUUGCUUCGUAAUAGCGCUCGGCUUGUAGUCAGUCAAACUGAAUGUUUAUGAAUGAAUGCGCUGCAGUGCGCGCAAACAGUUCAUUCACGUGCCUCUCCAUCUCCAAUAAAGCGCUCAAAGUCUACUUUCCAAAGGGGUGCGCGUGUCGACUAAAAACAGCAUCCAAAUCCUGCAGAAUGGAUGGACUUCACGACCAACUAGUGCCUUUUAUAAACCAUCAUAAUCCUCAGGGAAAGACGCCCGACGCUGGACCAGCGAAAGACAGGAAAAGAAAAUUCAUUAACUCUGACCUGGUGUUGGACACCGAAGAGCUUUUUCAAGAUCUCAGUCAACUUCAGGAGACCUGGCUCGCAGAAGCUCAGGUUCCUGACAACGAUGAGCAGUUUGUUCCAGACUUUCAGACUGAAAACUAAGAAAGAAAGUCAAAUGGGUUUGGAACAACAUGAGGUGGCUUUUCAUGGGUUGCAGUUGAGGAUAAAGAGAGAGCCCCACAGUCCAUGCACUGAUCUGGGGACAGCCUGUAGUCAGGAGAGGCCCUUCAGACUCCAUUAUGGAGAGAAGUGCCUGUACAACAUCAGUGCCUACGAGCAGAAGCAUCCCGCAGGAAUGAAGGCCGUCAGCCCAGUGUCGACCCCCUGCAGUACACCCGUGUCCCCUGGACAGCAUGUGUCUCCCACCGCCGCCCCUACCCCGAAACCAGACAGAACAUAUCCUCACCUCGUACCACCUCAGCCCCUCCCUGACAGCGCUUACCCCAUGGACCACAGAUUUCGGCGGCAGCUAUCUGAGCCAUGUCAUUCGUUCCCGUCACCUCCUUCAAUGUCACGGGACGGUCGGCCCAUGUAUCACAGACAGAUGUCGGAACCCAGCAUCCCGUUCCCUCCUCAGGGGUUCAAGCAGGAGUACGCAGACCCCCUCUUUGAACAUCCGGCCAUGGUGGGGGCGCCUCUCCCCCAGUCGUACACACACUCCAUGAUGAUCAAACAAGAGCCCCGCGACUUCACUUACGACUCGGAAGUGCCUAGCUGCCACUCUAUGUAUUUGAGACAAGAGGGAUAUUUAACCCACACUAACAGAGCCGAAGGAUGUAUGUUUGACAAAGUUGCAAGGCACUUUUAUGAUGACACAUGUGUGGUCCCAGAAAAGGUGGAGGGCGACAUUAAACAGGAGGCGGGGCUCUACCGCGAAGGCCCGACCUAUCAGAGACGGGGCUCAUUGCAGCUCUGGCAGUUUUUGGUGGCCCUGUUGGACGACCCAUCAAACUCGCAUUUCAUUGCAUGGACUGGCCGGGGGAUGGAAUUUAAACUCAUUGAGCCAGAGGAGGUUGCACGACGCUGGGGAAUUCAAAAGAAUCGGCCUGCCAUGAACUACGACAAACUCAGCAGAUCGUUGCGCUAUUACUAUGAGAAAGGCAUCAUGCAAAAGGUGGCAGGUGAAAGGUACGUGUAUAAGUUUGUGUGCGACCCCGAGGCCUUGUUCUCCAUGGCUUUCCCCGACAAUCAGCGGCCGGUGCUGAAGACCGACCUGGAGCGGCAGAUCAACGAGGAAGACACCGUCCCCUUGUCGCAUUUCGAUGAGAACAUGGCGUACGUUCAAGAUGCCGGCUACUGCAACCCCCACCCUUACAGCGAGGGAUACGUCUACUGAACACUGCUACAUGGGAACAGUGUGCCCUUAAAAAAAAUAAAAACUAUGAACUUUCAGACUUCUCCCUGAUUUUCUUCUCAGUCAUUCCCCAGGACGAAGAGGAAGUGCACUUUAUGGACAAAGAGUAGCAGUGUGUAAACCUACAGACUUGGCGUAGUUACUUUAGAUGCUCCUUUGGUGUUUUUGUUGAUGUGGAAGAGGAUGUUUCAGCAUGCCAUAAUCUCAAGGGGACGCGGUCUUUCUCUGGACAGACGUUUUUAUCUGUUUUAGACAGGUUAGAGUCUGGAGCACACUGGCAGAUAAAGCCCGGCCUCAUUUACCAUUGACAUUCUCGGAUUGUUUGUGGAGCGCUUUGUUAUUUUCACACAAUUUUGUUUUCUCUCCCUUGGUGUCAUACUGAGUACCUGAGUUAAUAAUACAGUGUAUUACUAUGGAAAUAAAAUCCUUCAAACUUUCCGUGUUGAAUUGAAGCGAGCACAUAUCUGAAGUGG